ACAAAGAGUCCUUCGGCUGACAAGUCAGACUUCCGCAGCUUUAAAUUUGAAAUUAGUGAAACAAUUUUUCGGCCUAACGCCUCUCUAAAUUCGGUUUCCAAGAUGGCCACGAAGCUGGGCUUGCGCCGAGGCCCGAUUCAAAGGUUAUUGGCCAACAGCCGCUGGUACAACUGGGGCAACUACGAUGCCAGUUCCGGCGAGUGCUGCAGGAUGCGCGACAAGGAGACCGUCGACUGCUUGCAGGACAAGCUACCUUGCCCACAUAGGGAAGUGGAAAACAAGUGCUACGAAAGACCAUCAAUCGGCAAGGAGCAGUACCCCAAGUACUUGCAGGAGAUCUAUCAGCGGGGAAAGACCGAUCCAAACUGCUUGCUGAAGUUGAUCCGCCACGACAAUGAGCACUACAAGCCGUCGGAUAAGUAUCGCCAGUACCAGCGCACUUGGUCCGAGUGCCCGCUCCUCUGGUUGCGUCCCAAGGACUCCUGCUGUCCCGAUCCGGAGGCCUAUCCGCCCAUGAAGCGCCGCAUCCGUCCGCCGCAACAGCCGCCGCUUUCGGCCAUAGAAAAGCACCUCCUCCAGAUGAACGUGUUUUGCAAGUCGGUCCUCAGGUCUCCUGGCUGCAGACUUGGCCUCCGACCGCCCACGUGCCACAAAGUCCGCCAGCCGACCGAUUGCUGCAAAAGGGAGGCACCCAUGCCCAGUUUCUCGGAGGCUUGUUGCCAUCUAAUACCGCGCUUUUGCCGCAGCGAGUGCGCCUGUCAGGUGGUUCCGGGCAUGUGCGACAUGUGGAACGCCUUCCAUCGGCGGCACAAGUCGCGCAGCAUCUGCACCAAGCCCCUGAUGAGACACUCUUCGAACAGAUCCCGAAUGCGCUAUCCAUUCUAAGGGGCUUCCCUUCAU